AUGACCGAUACUGAAACAGUGGACCCGAACUCUACUACAUUCUCCGGACCUAACAGUUUGCUAAGUGAUACACAAUUAGUCGAAUUGGCCAAAAUAUACAAGACACAACCAUGUCUAUGGAAUGAAAAGGAUAUGGCAUAUAGAUUCGCUAACAGGCGUCGAGAAGCCUUGGGGAAUAUGCUUCAAGAACUGAAUAACAAGUUUGAAUUAAACUUUACUAAACGUGAUUUGGGGAAGGAAAUUGCUCGUAUUCGCAAAAUAUGUUCAUACGAAAAGAAUCAAAAAAUUUCAUGUAAAAAAAGCAAAUGUAGUUAUAAACCUAAACUCCCAUAUUACGAGCACAUAGCAUUUGCUGAGAUCGAUGUUCGUCCUUUUGAAUGCUCGGUUUGUGGAAAUUUACUUCCUAGCCUAAGCCAGUAUACCAUACAUAAAGCAUCCCAUGAUGGGUCGCUACCAUUUAAAUGUAUUGUUUGCGAAAAAGGAUUUCAGCUGGCAACUAACUUAACGGUACAUUUACGAAGACACGCACAGGACUACAACUACAGCUGCGAGGUGUGCAGCAAGGCUAUUGCAACUACAACUGAGUUAAAAACCCACAUGCUUCAACACACAGGCGAAAAGCCGCACGUUUGCGAUAUUUGCGGCAAAAGUUUCAAAAUGCCACGAGGAUUUAAAGAGCAUUUGCUGCGACACGAAAAACGCCCUGGUGAAAAGUGUACAAUAUGUUCAAAGGCCUUUUAUAUUAAACGUAAACUUAAAGAACAUAUGGCCAUUCAUUGGAAGGUGCGGGACAAAAUAUGUGACGUCUGUAAUAAAGGAUUUACAACUCGAAAAGACCUUCGUCAACACAAACACAUUCAUGACGCUGAAAAGAAAUUUGUUUGCAAACUUUGUGGAGUGCGGUUUGCACAACCGGCUGGACUUUAUGGACAUCUAAAAUCGCAUGGAACAUUGUUAUCUGCUAAGAGUACUACGGUGCAAAUGACCUAGCAUCAUUGCAUUGCAAAUUUGUAUUG